GUGCAAAAAGAAACUCGCCAAAUUCUCCUCGGUGUCUUUUCCGGUUCUCACGGAACGACGAGCUUUCCUUUCCCCGUGCCGUCAGCGGACCACAACGUGUCGCGACAAAAUGGCACUUUAUAACUUCAAGAAGAUUAUGGUGGUUCCCACCGCCAAGGAUUUCAUCGACAUCACUCUAUCCAAAACUCAGAGGAAGACGCCCACGGUGAUACACAAGCACUACCAGAUCCACCGUAUUCGACAUUUUUACAUGCGGAAGGUGAAGUUCACCCAGCAGAACUACCACGACCGCCUCACACAGAUCCUCACCGACUUCCCCAAGCUCGACGACAUCCAUCCGUUUUACGCCGAUCUGAUGAACGUCUUGUACGACAAAGAUCAUUAUAAGCUGGCCUUGGGACAGAUAAACAUCGCCAAGAAUUUGAUCGAUAACGUUGCCAAAGACUACGUGCGUCUGAUGAAGUAUGGAGACUCUCUGUAUCGGUGUAAACAGCUGAAGAGGGCCGCCCUCGGUCGGAUGUGCACCAUCCUGAAGCGACAGAAGUCGAGUCUGGAGUAUCUGGAACAAGUGCGCCAGCAUCUGUCCCGUUUACCGACCAUCGACCCCAACACGAGGACCCUGCUUCUGUGCGGCUACCCCAACGUGGGCAAGUCCAGUUUCAUUAACAAGGUGACCAGAGCGGAUGUCGACGUCCAGCCUUAUGCUUUCACCACCAAGUCUCUGUUUGUGGGUCACAUGGACUACAGGUAUCUGCGCUGGCAGGUGGUGGACACCCCUGGCAUCCUGGACCACCCCCUGGAGGACAGGAACACCAUCGAGAUGCAGGCCAUCACGGCUCUGGCUCACCUGCGAGCGGCGGUUCUUUACGUCAUGGACGUGUCUGAGCAGUGUGGUCACACCCUGCAGCAGCAGCUGGAGCUCUUCAACAACAUCCGACCGCUGUUUGCCAACAAGCCUCUCAUCAUUGUAGCCAACAAAUGCGAUGUGAAGAAGAUCAACGAGCUGUCUGAGGAGAACCAGAAAAUCUUUGCAGAUUUCUCUGCUGAGGGAAUCUCUGUGAUCGAGACGAGCACCCUGACCGAGGAGGGAGUCAUGCAGGUUAAAACUGAGGCUUGCGAUCGUCUCCUCGCCAAUCGUGUCGAGACCAAGAUGAAGGGCAAGAAGGUCCACGACGUUCUCAACAGGCUCCACCUGGCCAUGCCCACCAAGAGAGAUGACAAGGAGAGGCCUCCGUUCAUCCCAGAAGGAGCACUCAAUCGUAAGAAGGCGAUGGAGGUGGACGCCCCCAAGCGCAAACUGGAGAGAGACCUGGAGGUGGAGCUUGGCGAUGACUACAUUCUGGACCUGCAGAAAUACUGGGACCUGAUGAACGAGGAUGAGAAGCACGAUAAGAUCCCUGAGGUGUGGGAGGGCCACAACAUCUCAGAUUACAUUGAUCCUGACAUCAUGAAAAAACUGGAGGAGCUGGAGAAGGAGGAGGACCUGAAAGAGCGAGCUGGAGAAUACGACUCGGAUGACGAGAGCGACGACGAAGAGAUGCAGGAGAUCCGCGUUCUGGCCAAACAGAUCCGCGAGAAGAAGCAGCUCCUGGUCCUGGAGUCGAAAGAGAAGGACGUGCACGGGCCCCGCAUGCCCCGGACCACCACCAAGGUUGAAAGGAAGAAGCUGGAGAAGCAGAUGGGAGAUCUCGGUCUGGACAUGAAUGACAAGGACGAUAGUCACUACGCUCAGCAGGCCCGACGGUCCCGAAGUGUUGCGAAGAAACGCAAGCGUGAAGCCUCAGCUCCUCCGACCUCCAGAACCCGCAGCCAGAGCGCCUCCCGUCCCGCACGAGACCAGUCAGGUUUACGGGAUCCAAAGAUGGUUAAAAAGGCCAAGACGAUGAUGAAGAACUCCCAGAAAGGCAUGAACCGCCAAGGCAAGAAGGGAGAGGCAGACAGACACGUGUUUGACCUCAAACCCAAACACCUCCUGGCUGGAAAGAGGAAGUCUGGGACCACCGACCGCAGAUAAACCUCUUUUUUCUGGACUGUUGAGACCUGGACGCUGUUUUGGAAAGAGUUGCUAUUGUGUGUUUGUGUCUCUUUUCCCCAGCAGUUAAAAGGACGUGAAGUUGUAAUGCAUAAGAUUUCAGUCCAGGUGGGUUUUGCGACACUUGAUGUCACUGGGGGUGACCACAGGUGUGGUUUAAUACUACAAGGAGACAACACACAAUACAACAGAACUGGUGUAUUUGUUUGUGGCGCAGGCAAACAAACUGUUGUUUCAAUAAACGAGUCGGACAGUAA